AUGCAUAAGAAUCCCACAAAUCAGGAUUUUGCUGAUACUGAGUUGAGAGCUAUUCAGGAAUAUAAAGUUACAAAUAAGAUAUAUUUAGAGUUUUUGAGCCAAAAAGCAAAAAUAGCUUGGCUGAGAGAUGGUGAUGAAAAUUCUGCCUUGUUUCAUCAGAGUAUCAGAAGCAGAAAUUUGAAAAAUCAAAUUUACAAUAUCCAUGAUAUGGGUGGUGUGUGGAAGGACAAUCCUACUCAGGUUGCUGAUGCAUUUCUAGACUAUUACAAGCAGCUAUUAGGGAGUAAACAUGAGUCUAGAACUCCAGUUUUGAAACAGGUGGUGCAGUUAGGCCCUGUAUGCCAGGCUCACCACAAAGCAAUUCUGAAUGCCAAUCACACUGCAGAAGAAGUUAGGGAUGCUCUUUUCUCUAUUCCAGGAGCCAAGGCACCUGGUCCAGAUGGUUUCGGUUCUCAUUUUUUCAAAGACUCGUGGCAUAUUGUUGGUGAUGAAGUUGUUGCUGCUGUUCUUGAUAUGCUACAACAGGGUAAAAUUUUAAAAGAGCUGAAUCAUACAGUCAUUACUUUGAUCCCAAAAACCAAAUGCCCUAAAGAUGUGAGUGAAUUUAGGCCUAUUUCUUGCUGUAAUACUCUGCUCAGACAGGUGUUGCCUGAUCUCAUUCUUGAAAACCAAGGGGGGUUUGUUCAUGGUAGGUUCAUUGUGCAUAAUAUAAUGGUUGUUCAGGAUUUGGUGAGACAGUAUGGAAGGAAAGGUGUGAAGCCUAGUUGUCUCAUGAAAAUUGAUUUACAAAAAGCACAUGACACUGUUGAUUGGCAGUUUCUUCAGGAAAUGUUAGAGUACUUGGAAUUUCCUCAACAUUUUGUGGAUCUGGUAAUGCAGUGUGUUUCUACACCUAUGUUCUCUCUGAUGUUCAAUGGUUCCAUGCAUGGCUUCUUUAAAUCCAAGAGGGGGUUGAGGGUGAUUACUCAUCUAUCUUAUUACUAUCAACAGAAGUCUUCCAUCUACUGUCAUGGUAUGUCAGAAAGAGAUGUUCAGAGAGUAGUAGAUGUGUCUGGUUUUACCAGAAGUUUCCUUCCUUUUAAGUAUUUGGGCGUUCCAAUAUGCUCUAAAAAGAUUUUAGUUGCUCAAUGUAGUCAUCUUGUGGAUAAAAUCAUAGCUAGAAUAAAGGCUCAGAUUUAUGUGCUGCCAAAGAGUGUGUUGCAAGAUAUUGUGAAGAUAUGUAGGGCUUUCUUGUGGAGUGGGCAAGCUUACAGUCAGAAACCUAGUAAUAUUGCCUGGGAGAAUACUUGUUGUGGGAAGCAAUUUGGUGGUCUGGGCUUCAGGGAUAUCAUCCUGUGGAAUACUGCAGCAAUGGGUAAGUAUGUAUGGGCACUAGUUACCAAGAAAGACAAUGUGUGGAUUAAGUGGGUUUCUUCUGUGUAUCUCAAGGAUGGGGAUUGGUGGGAUUAUAAACCUCCAGUUUCUGCAAGUUGGUAUUGGAAGCAAAUCUGUAAGACAAAAGAGCAGUUGAAGCAAUUCUUCACUAAGACAGAUUUAGGAGCAAUGACUACUUAUUCUGUGAAGCAGGUCUAUGAGAAAAUAGCUGGAACAAAACGUAGAGUGCAUUGGGAUAAAGUGGUGUGGAAUAGAUUGACCAACCCCAAGCACAGAUUUAUUGGUUGGUUAGCCAUGCAGUCAAGGCUUCAGACCACCUCAAAGCUGGCCAGAAUUGGUGUUAGCCAAACAGCUCAUUGCUUGAUUUGUAGUCAAGGAGAUGAAACUCAUCAGCAUCUGUUUUUUCAAUGUGUUUACAGUAGUGAGUGUCUCAGAACAGUUAAAACUUGGUUGGGUGUGUCAGCUACUAGUAACAGUCUAACUAAUCUGGUUAGUCAAGUUGGGCAUAGUAGAUGUUCUAAAUUCAAGAAGCAGGUCUGUUAUGCAGCAAUUGUGGCAGCAGUGUACCUGAUUUGGCACUGUAGGAAUACCAGUUACUGUGAGAGUUGUGUUCCUACUGUGACUCACACUGUGAGCAAGUUGAAACAAGUAGUGAGAGGUAGAAUCCAAAUUGUCAUGCCUAAAAGUAUCAGUAGAAGAGAUAGUGAGUGGUUUAUGAAAUUGUAA